GGCCUUACUGCAAAUACGCGGCGCGUCCUCCGAGCGCCUCACUUAUUCCGCUUCACGUGGAGAAGGCGGUCAGACAUACAAAGUUCGGAAGGCCCGGAGUGGCGUACCUGGAUUUCCCCGGAAACAUGCUGCAGGUUAGGAUCGAGGAGCCACUUCCGGCGCAGUACACGACACCGGAAAUACCGGUCGCCUAUCCGGAUCCCGCGUUGAUCGAGCAAGCGAUGAAAGUCCUGGCGAGCGCCAAGCGUCCGCUGGUGAUCGUCGGAAAGGGGGCGGCGUACGCGCGCUCCGAGCGCGAGACGAACGAUCUGAUUGGCCGCUCGAAUUUGCCGUUCCUCGCGACGCCGAUGGGCAAGGGAGUGGUCUCCGAUCUGUCGCCGAAUUUCAUUGGUCCGGCGAGAUCGAUGGCGCUUCAGCAGGCCGACGUCGUUCUUCUAUUGGGCGCUCGCCUCAACUGGAUCCUGCAUUUCGGACGGUCGCCCCGUUUCAACGCAGACGUCAAGGUCAUCCAGAUCGACAUCUGUCCAGAGGAAUUGCACAACAGUGUUAAAUCCUCGGUGGCCAUUCAGUCGGAUCUGAAACCAGCGACGAAGAUGUUGCUGGAGGCCAUCGCCAGAAGUGGUUUCAAGUUCAACGAUGCUUCCGAUUGGUGGCGCGAUCUGCGCCGAAAGUGCGAGUCUAACAGGAAGGGCGUGCAGGCGAUGUCGAUGGACGUGUCGACGCCGCUGAACUAUUACGCGGUGUUCCAUCACGUACAAGAGAUGCUACCGAAAGAUUGCAUCAUAGUGAGCGAGGGUGCGAAUACCAUGGACAUCGGCAGGUCGAUGCUUUUGAAUCGGUUGCCAAGACAUCGUUUGGAUGCGGGAACCUUCGGCACGAUGGGCGUAGGUUUAGGGUUCGCUAUCGCCGCCGCCCUCUAUUGUCGCCAUCACGAACCCACGAAGAGGGUGAUCUGCGUCGAGGGUGACUCCGCUUUCGGAUUUUCCGGAAUGGAACUGGAGACCAUCUACAGAUACAAACUGCCCAUCGUCAUCCUCGUCGUCAACAAUUCGGGAAUUUACGGUGGCGUCGAUGAGCAACUCUACAACGAGAUCAAAGACGACUCCGAACCGACAACCACCAUUCCACCGACAAUUUUAUCGACUGUGACGCGCUACGAGAAGAUGAUGGAACUGUUUGGCAAACGUGGACAUCUGUGCAAAUCCAUCCCUGAACUGCAGAAGUCGUUGAAGGAGUGUUUGGCCGAUACCCAAGGACCGACGAUGAUCAACGUUGUCAUCAGUCCGACGGCAGACAGAAAACCGCAGACCUUCGCGUGGCUCACCGAAUCCAAACUCUGAUUUUCUUUCAGUUUUUUGUUUGUUUGUUUGUUUUGGGAACAAAACGCGUAUAACUCGCAUUAAAUGCGUUCUUAAGGGAAUUAAAAUGUUACUUUUGGAUUUUGGUAUUAAAGGCAAUAAAUGAAUUAUCGAAAUGCA